AUGAAUCACACAGAAGUUGAAGUGCAGCGUGAAGUGCUGGACAGGAAAGUCUUCGUAUCUUGGAGUGACGUGAGAGAAGAGCUGACAUGGGCUCUGCCGGCGCACACGUAUGGGCUGGCCUGCUUAUUUUUCUUACUCGCCUUCUACACCUUCUGCUCCGUGCUCAACCUCAGGCCUCAGAUGAGCGCCCGACCCUACAUGUCAACCAUCAAUGUCUUCAUCUGCAUCCUGAGCAUCACACGCGCCUCCUGCUUCAUCAUAGACCCCUACCAGGACAUUCAGGCUGUACCCCGGUUCGUGGCCACGGUGCUGUGGGACGCAGGCUACCCGUGCAUCUUAGCAGCCUUCAGUCUCGUGCAGCUCGCCUUCUCCAGGCUAACGCAGGUUGACUUCAAGCCGAAGGCUCUGCUCAGCGGGUCGUCUGUCCGUCUGAUGAUGACAGCUCACUUCUCCUUCACCAUCCUGGCUGACCUCGCCACGGCCUUCAACGCUGGACUGCAGGCUGUAAUGUACGGGGUGAAGACAGUCUUCAUUGCCUGGGGGCUGUUACUGAGCUGCUCGUUUCUGUACGGCGGCGCCCGGCUGUUGCGGCUGCUGCACUCGCUUCCUAACAGCGCUUUCGCUGCUAACUCGGACGGCCAGCAGAAUAAAGGCAUCCUUCAGUUGGCGCUGCUGGCGCAGUGCAACAACAUCGCGAGUUCUGUGCUGACGGCCGCGGCGCCGUCCAUCUCCACGCCCAAGAUCCGCAUCACCGACGAGCACGAGCGCACCUUCAGCUACGCCUCAGGCACGUCUAAGCGGUCGUCACUGCAGCACGACCACGGCACACGCGCCGUCGGACAAAGCGGCGCUCCGCCUCAGCAGGUCGAGGCUGGCGCGGCAGCGCAGGAAGCCGAGGCACCGCGGACUCCAGCGCUGCCGAGAAUAGCCAGGAUUGACACGCAGACGAGCGACUCCAACAACUCCAUGACGUCAUCGGCGAGCUCGGCUCCAGCAGGCAUCAGUCCUGGUCCCUCUCCACCUGAUGGAACUGGAGUGGUUAUAGACGAAACUGGGGUUUUCUGCUUCGACGAGUCGGCGACUGACCUCAAUAACAUCAAAGACUCGCGUACAGAAAAAAUCAUCCCUGAAGCCGACCCUACCGGAGACGCGUACCUCGACGAGUUCAUUAUCCCGAAGAUCAUUUGCAGCAUCGAAGAGACUCUCGAAGACGACAAAACCUUCAGCAACAAUGCAGAUCCUGUGAAAGAUGAAAUAUCAUCUCCAAAAAGAAAGAAAAGCAUUACUUGGUCCGAGGAUUUACCUUCGGAGCUGUCGAAGAUUGCAGCUAAUGCAGAAUUAGUGGCGAAAGAAGAAGGAAACGGACAACUUUCUCCGAAAAGAUUUGAAAUUGAGACUAGAACCCGGCCUCACAGUUCACUGUCGAGCAGUAACCAUCAUCAACGACGCCGUCGAAGCAGCACCUUGUCCACUGCAUCCAGUAAAAAGGGAAGCUGCAACCCAGAUGAGAUCUUCAGGAAAGGCAGCUUGAGUUCCAGCGCGUCCAGCAGAAGAAGCAGCUCGGUGUUCGAGUCUCCGAGCAGGAAAAACAGUGUAUCUUCGAAUAUAUCGGCACGAAAAGGAAGUGGCUCGAGUGCAUCUCAACGCCGAGGCAGUCUUUGCUCGCAUGUGUCCAGCAGAAAAGGGAGUGCGGCAUCAAUUGCGUCAAGUCGCAAGAGCAGCUUAUCAAGUCGUAAAGGCAGCGCAACUUGGGAUACCCAAAGCAAAGGCAGCAAUAUAAGCCGUGAAACUCAGGAGAGAAUAAACCGUUGCCUUGACACCAGAGAUCGUAACGAGAAACGACUUUCGAUGAGCGUUGAUAACUCGCGAGACAACCACCGGCCUUCCAUAACGCCUUCAACGCGAAGCGGCAGACGUAACACACUCACUAACUCGCCCGUUAAUGUCGAACUCGAAACUGUGGUCGCCGCCAAUGCAUCUGAACCUCCAGGAGAUUUGACUCUUUCGUGCAUUUUAAAUCACAUUGCCUUUGUCAACCAGACUGAGGUGUCGGCGAAACUCGGAGCACGACUAAAAGAGUCCCGUAAAGAACAAGUCAAGCAGGUGUUGGUGGUGACAUACAUCACGGCGCUCUUCUGCGCCAUGCUGUCACUCCUACUCUUGACUGGGUUGUACCUCGACUUGGGUCCCGGUCCAUCGCCGUAUUUUUCACCCUGGGCUUGGUUUGCCUACGUGUCAUUUUGUCGUGUGUUGGAGCUUGCGAUGGGCUGCUGUAUGGCAAACAUCACCCGGCAAUCCGUUAACAGACAUUCUCAGUAUGCAUUUCCACUUAGAAUGAAGCACGGGCUAAAGAUGUACGUCUGAUCCUAUACAAUCUGACUGUCCCUUAAAACUUUAAUUAAACUGCGUAGUGUUGGGAGAAGGGGUAUCUAAAACUUG